AUGAUCCCCAGUAGAGUAGAGAUUAUCCUUGGCAAAAUAGUUACAUCCGCUCAAAUCCAGCCAUUGGAUCUUUGUCCUUAUUCUAAGGCUCUUCAGCUACUCUCACGACUUCGACCAGCGAAGAAGAAACAAGCACCCGCCCCACGUCCACAAGUUCGACAACAGAUUCCUGAUCUUGAAGAGUUCCUGAUCAAAAAGGAUUACUCGGCAGCGAUCUCGUUACUAGAGUUCAAGCAGAAGAAUGGUGAGAAAAAUGAAACAACUGAUCUUUGGUUGGGACACUGCUUCUUCAGAUCCGGCGACUACAAGAGGGCGUUGGACGUAAGUGAUUAG